ACAAAGGGAUUUGACAUAUCAUUUAUACAUACCAAAAUAAAAUGUCAAAUAUGCCGAAUAAUAAUAACUAUGGCGACCAUCGUCACUAUAGGAACAAUUAUAAUCCAAAUUUACAGUAUAAUUAUUCAUCGUCAUCUUCUUCUUCUCCGGAUAUGAAUAGACAUCGUUAUCAUACUGAGGCUCGGCCAUACCCUUCUUAUCAUCAAAGACAACAACAACAACCAUCGCCGAACUUUCCUGGGUAUAAUAACAUGCAACAGCCAUAUCAUCAUAGAAUGCCUCAACCCAAUAGACCCAUGAGCGGAGGAGGUGGUGGUGGUGGUCAUUUUCAACCACCUCCACCCCAUUUAUUUCAACGUGGCGCAAGCAUAAAUAGAUCCAAGUCACUAACAAGACCAGAACGACAACGUCCUCGUCCCGGUUUAAUUAAUCCCCAAGGGACCGCGCCACAACGUCAUCUUUCAAAUAUGAAUCAUCGUCGCAACAUUGAAAGAAAUAGUCAUACCUAUAAUCAACCCAUGUCAAAUAAUUUACAAAUGCAGCUUGCUCAACAAAGGCAACAACAAGCAAAUGCUGAACCUGUUAGAAGCCAAUCGUCAUCAAAUGAUAUCAAAGAAAAAGAAGAAAAGGAACCAAGUGUACUGAAUAGUUGGUGGGCUUGGACUGCCUUUAUUUGUACAUGUUGUUUCCCUAAUUAUAUUAUUCGUGUCUUAUUUGGUAAAUCCAAUAAAAGUAUGCAACAAGCUUGGAGAGAAAAGGUCACUUUAUGCUAUAUAGUAGCAUUUUUAUGUUGUCUUUUGGCUUAUGUUAUUUAUGGUUUACGUAUUAACUUAUGUCCUAAGGAUGUAACAUAUCAUCCUUAUUCAAUGGAACAUAAUGGUGUACUUGUUCCAAUUCAGAGAAGCGAUGUAUAUGUCUUUGGACAAAUUUAUAAAUUCGAUACAAUGCAAAAUUUUUUCAAGACGUUAAAUCUUGAUUUAACAAAAGAUUUCGAAGGUACGGAAAUUAGUUCCAUCUUUAAUGGUGAUAUCCAUGAUGCGUGUGCUCCCUUCAAAAAGGGUAAUAUAGAUCCUACUCUUCCUAGUUGCUCUAUUACAAGUCCCAAUGGCACUGUAAUUAGACAAGCAGAUGGUUCCUGCAUUCCUUUAUCAAGGUUACAUGCUUAUAGUAAUAAUGGUAAUUAUCUCAGUUAUGACUGGAAAGAUAUUCGUACGAAUAUUCAAGAAAUGAAAACUUCCAACAUGGGUGUUCUCGUCAAUACGAUUGUUAAUUUGACAACUUAUUUCGAAAAGAAUGAACCUAUCUUUGGUCAAGAGGUAGACGUGGCCUUAAGAUCUUCUCGAGGUAAUGAUCUUACCUAUGCUCUCCUGUAUACUGAACAAGGUAAAUUGGCACGAAGUUGUAUCACAGCUAGAUAUGCUGUCGGCACGGCCUCACAGGAGGUUGCAAGUUGUGUAGCGGAUAAUAUCAUCAUGACCACCAUGUUUGCUGUGAUCAUCAUCAUUAUCGUCGUUCGUUAUUCAUUUGCUGUUCUCUUCCAAUGGUUUAUCUCUCGUGGACUAGUGAAGCCAGGUGGAAGAUCGAACUGGUUAGCUUGGCGUUCUAUUAAGGGAGGUAAUGAUGACCCAGCUAACCAUAUCCCAGGUCCAUACAAUAACUAUCCCGUAGCCAACGGUUCUGUUCAUUCAUUUGGUUCAGAUCCAAAUGGACAACAAUCCCCCUCGAGUAUUCAAAGUUCUAACCAGCGAUUAAAUGGACAACGCACUGAUAUUGUCGAGACUGAGCUUUAUACGAUUAUGCUUGUUACCUGUUACUCUGAAGGUGAACAAGGUCUUCGAACGACCAUGGAUAGUCUCUCGAAUACAACCUACUCCAACAAACAUAAAAUCUUUUUCGUGAUUGCUGAUGGGUUAAUUACAGGUGCUGGUGAGACGAUGUCGACACCUGAUAUUGUCGUGAACAUGAUGGAUCUAACACCUGCCAUGGCGAAUCCUAAGCCCUGUUCUUAUCUCGCUGUCGCGGAUGGUGAAAAGCAAUUGAAUAUGGCUAAAGUGUAUGCAGGACAUUAUAAUGGCACACCUUGUAUCACGAUUGUCAAGUGUGGUACAGAAGAGGAACAAAACGGACCCAAGCCAGGUAAUCGAGGUAAACGAGACUCACAGGUGAUUCUCAUGACAUUCUUCCAGCGCGUCUUAUUUAACGAUCGUCUUUGUGAAUUGGAUUACGAGAUCUUUUGGAAGAUGACGUGGUUAAUGAAGGGCGUAACACCCGACAAGUUUGAGUUAGUCCUGAUGGUCGAUGCGGAUACACAAGUUUUACCUGAUGCGUUAACUUAUAUGGUAGCAGCCAUGGCCAAUGAUAUCACCAUCAUGGGUCUCUGCGGUGAAACACGUAUUGCUAAUAAACGAGCCUCUUGGGUCUCGGCUAUUCAAGUAUUUGAAUAUUAUAUCUCGCAUCAUUAUGCCAAGGCAUUUGAAUCUCUCUUUGGUAUGGUCACUUGUUUACCUGGUUGCUUCAGUAUGUUCCGUAUCAAGGCUCCAAAGAAUGGCGCCUGGGUCCCGAUCUUGGCUAAUCCAGAUAUCAUUCUUGAAUACAAUCAAAAUGUAGUUACGACAUUACAUGAAAAGAAUUUGUUAUUACUCGGUGAAGAUCGUUUCUUGUCUACCUUGAUGUUACGUACCUUCCCUAAACGACAAAUGAUGUUUGUCCCACAGGCACGAUGUAGAACGAUUGUCCCUGAUGAAUUUAGUGUCUUACUCUCACAACGUCGUCGUUGGAUUAAUUCAACUGUACAUAAUUUAAUGGAAUUAGUACUCGUCUCUGAUCUUUGUGGUAUCUCCUUCUUAUCUAUGCAAUUCUCUGUCUUUAUUGAUUUGAUCAGUGCCUUUGUGUUACCUGCUGCUAUCGUGAUGACACUUUAUUUAAUUAUUGAAACAGCUAUUUCACCUCAUCCUCAAUGGCAAUCAUUAGGUUUAUUAAUUGCUAUUUUAACUCUACCUGCAUUCUUGAUUGCUAUUACGACAUUAAAAUACAUUUAUAUUUUAUGGAUGAUUGUUUAUCUUAUUUCUUUGCCUAUUUGGAAUAUGGUUCUACCUAUUUAUUCUUACUGGCACUUUGAUGAUUUCUCAUGGGGUGCUACUCGUGUCGUAGUGGGAGAAAAGAAGGGAGAUGCACAUGGAAGUGCAGAUGGUAAAUUUGAUUCUAAACGUCUUGUUAUGAAGAAAUGGGAAGACUGGGAAGCAGAACGUACAGGACAUAGACAAAGUCGAAAGUUCCCAUUAAAGACACCUCAAAACAGUUUCUCGGCAUUUGAUGGAUCUAUUAAUAAACAACAACAACAACAACAACAACAACAACAGCAGCAGCAGCAACAGCAACAGCAACAAUCAACAACUUAUCCAGCAUACUUUAAACAAUAA